UCAUGUUGACAUGUUAUGAGAUUGUUAGUAGAAAGAAGAAAUGGAUACAAAAACCAACCCAAAGAGAUUCUUUAUAUAAACCCUACUUGCUUCACCCUCUCACAACAACUUGUUAUGUUCUGGGUUUUUUUUCACUUUCUCUAAAACUUCUUUUUAGUGUUAUUGUUUUCUAAGCCAUUUUUUUAUAAUCAAGAACUGGCUAACACAAAGGAUAACAUUCUGGAGGAAACCAACAAGAACCAACAAGUGGUUCUCGUCCUCUAUGAGGCCAUAAACACUCGAGACGUCCAAACCGUUCAUCAAAUCCUUGCUCCUGACCUAGAAUGGUGGUUCCAUGGUCCUCCAGCCCACCAGUUUAUGAUGCGCCUCCUCACCGGAGCUUCAUCGGACCAAACUUUCCUUUUCGACUUUGACCCUCUUUCGGUCACCACUUUUGGGUCCACCGUCAUCGUUGAAGGCUGUGAUCAUAAACGUUCAAUCUCUUGGGUUCAUGCUUGGACUGUCAGUACUGAUGGGAUAAUAACACAAGUGAGAGAGUAUUUCAAUACUUCUCUCACUGUUACUCGUCUUGUGAGCUCUAGCCAAACACCACCAUCCAACUACAGCUCAUCAUCGUCAUCAUCAUCACCGUCGCCAUCCUCUGGUUCUUCAUCAACGGCUGAGAUUACUCCUGUGCAUUGCUUUUCCGUUUGGGAGAGCAGCUUUUCCAAUAGAGUUGGGAAGUCCGUGCCGGGCCUUGUCCUGGCAAUUUAGUCAUUUCCUUAUCCCUUUCUAUGAUCAGGUGCAGCCGAAUGUAGGACAAUAUAAAAUAAAUAAAAAGAACUUGUUAUGAUCAGUUAUGAUAAUAGUAUAAAUGAUAAUAUUUGAGGUUAAAUUAGCUAAAAAUGUGGUUUUUAAAAAAUAUUUGAGUGAAUAAAUCGAUUUCUGGUAUAUUUAUCAAAA